CUAUUAUCAUCAUUUUUAAUAAUAGUAUAUACUACCAUUAUCUCAUUUAUGCAACUGGCAGGAUAGUUUUAGCACUUUUUUUCCCUUUGAAUUCAGUUUCUUCUCCAUAUUUUUUCAUACAAGAAAAAUACCACAAAGAUGAUGCUCAUUAGAAGCUCAUCCACCCCUAUUCUUGGCUCACUUCUUUCGUCAUCGUACUCGGAAUCUCCGAACCAUGGCAACCACUCGGAGUAUAACUCUCCCAAACACCACCUACCACCUAAGAAGUUUUCCUUCCACCAAACACCUACAUGUCCCCUGAAUCUCAUUCCCCCCUCAUCAAUCUCCAACUCGUCCCCUUCUAUUAACACCGAAAUCACAUCUGAUGGAUCUCAAACCAAUGGUUUUCGAAGGGUACAAUCUGAAGGAAACUUGGAAGAAUUAGUCUGCAACAGUUUUGAUGAAUUCAACCGUUGUAUCCCUGCUGCCAAGAAGCUUCCGCGCAAACCCAGCUGCUCGAUUCUGCAAUCCAUUCCUUCAUUCUCGAUGCACAAUUCCAAAAGGCGGUAUGAAGAUGAUGAGGAAGAAGAAAGUGAUGAAGAAGUUCAACAGGAAAUAAGAGAUGAUUCAAGCUUAGAUAAGACCAUAGCAUUUAUGAACAUGGGGUUACAAGAAAGAUAUAUCUAUGCUCAAGAGGAGAUUGAAAAUGUACCCUCUAAAAUGCAUCUUGCAAGGGGACUCGGAGUGGUUACUGGUGGCGGUGGAUAUAACAACGGAGGAGGAGGAGGAGGAGGAGGCAGUGGAGGACACAAUGAAUAUAAACCAGUAGGUUUCGGCGAAGAUGGCAGCAACAAGGCUACCAUGGCAGAACACUACAAGAAUAUGGUUGAACAAAAUCCUGGAAAUCCAAUGAUCUUGAGAAACUAUGCCAAGUUCCUUCACAAGUCUAAGGAUCUUGGAGGGGCUGAGGAAUAUUACUCUCGAGCAAUACUAAUGGAUCCCGGAGAUGGUGAAAUCCUUUCACAAUACGCCCAGCUGAUUUGGGAGCUCCAUGGCGAUGAAGAACGAGCAUUAGGCUACUUCCAAAGAUCUGUUCAGGCUUCCCCUGAAAAUAGUCAUGUGAUUGCAGCAUAUGCUAAUUUUCUCUGGGAAAUAGAAGAAGGAAAUCUAUGCACGAUGCCUGCAACUUGUCAUCAGAGCGCCAUGGUUGCUGCAACAACCUAGAUUUUCCGAUCCAUUCAGGGUUAAAAAAAAAACACAAAAGUAUUAGCAACACCAGCCCAGGGAAUAGUUUUCCCGUUUAUUUUUUUGUGCUAGAGCCGUGUUUAAUAUAUAUUUCAUGCCCUUCAACAAGAAGAAUUUGUAUGUUCAGACGAAAUUUAAGAUUCAUAGUAAAACCACAUAAUCAUAUAUGCAUAAUGUAAUUAUGUAACAGACUUAUUAUAUGUUCUUUGAAAAAUAGCUAGUAAAAUAGGAUAUAUGUAAAUUCCUUUUUAAUGCACA